UAUCUUACCAGGCCACCAACAUCACCGACACAGCAAUGUCGAGCGGGUUCCGUUUGUUUAUGGUGGAAUUUGUUUAAUUUAUCCUUCUUUCUCAAUUAGUUUUCGGAGAAAACUUAUGUUGUUGACAGUAUAGAUCUUAUUUUCGUUCAGACCAGACGUUAACUGCAACGCAACCCCAACCAAACUGGCAGGCAUUUAAAGAGCCAGUGGACUGUAUCGAGAAGCCGUAUCGUACAUCGAACGAAAACCGAAACGAAAUGGUGGCUCCGAAAAUAAGUGAAAACACUAUCGAUGAUUCGUUACGCUGUAGUCGAAUUUUUAUCUUGGCUAAAGUAGUGCCUUUUCCGGAAAAGUGCCAAUUGAUACGCUUUCUUGUGUUCGUUUUCAACUUUCGUCUACACAUCAUUAUCUUUUUGGGGGACGGAUCACAACGGAUUUGCGGCAAAUGCCUGUGAAUUCGGAACACAAUCACAGUGCGAACAGUGAGUGAACAUUUAUCAAGAAAGCAACAACUGGUAACUGCCGGUAGAUACGAUCCAUUGAUGGCUUCAAGAAAUCGAGUGCCUUCACAGCAGCUUCGCGACGACUUUUUACUCGAGACCAAUUUCGAUGAUGAUGGAACCUUAACCCGGGCGUACAAUACCCUCAACAAUCAGAAUGGCAACGGGACCCGAGAGUCAGUCCAAUAUCAGCCCCAACAGCGCGCCCUCAGUCGCAGGAGUCUUGCCUAUCGGUCUAACUUAUCAGUGGAUCGAUACUCUGAUAACACGAUACAUGGUCGACGAUCGAAAGGCGACUGCUGCAAAUCAUGUAUGACUCGUAUACCAUACGCUACGCUGAUAGCGACGGUUAUGUGCCUUAUUGGCGUAGGAAUUUUCUGCGGCACAAUGUACCGAGGAACGUCACUUGCGAUCAUCAUGCUGGACCAAGUUUUUCAUUUGCGACUUUUGUGGAUUGAGGCAGUUCAAAUGAUUUUUGUCGUUAUCGGUGCCUCGAUGGGUGCACUGGGACUGAUGAUACUUUUCGUUGGAUUCCUCGCGACUGGUGCCACCCGGUAUAAGGUUUACCGGGCCUGGGGAUCCCGUGUUGGUGGUCGUAUAUCUUGCGCCGUGUUCAUGGGAAUAACAUACAUACUGAAGAUCGCCUGGAUUCUAAUUCUCUGCUUCCUAAGUGUGGUCACUUUCGUGUUCACUAUUUUCUGGAACAUGUGUGAGAACCCGGACGUGCAGUCCCAUCGGAGCGAUAUUGAUUUGACGCAAUUUUAUUUCAUGUUCCCUGUCGGGGUCAAACAGGAGGAUAUGAAAAUUCGUGACCAGAGCAAGGUGAAGGCUUUUUGCAAGGACGGUGUGGAAAAGUGUGAAAUCAUGUUCAUUCUUGCUACCGUCAGCUGUUUGCUGAUUAUCCUCAGUUUGGUGCACUAUCUCAUGUGCUUGGCAGCAAACUAUGCCCAUAUUCGUGAUCAUGAAAAGUUCCAGGAGCUUCAAGAGAUGCAGAAUCUGACCGAAAUGGAGUACACGGCUUCGUCCAAGGAUCGUUUUUAGGAUACGGCCCAGGGAAUUUAUAUCGAACACAACACUUGAUAUUGCCAGCGAGUUAGAGGUGCUAUACGAGCAGCUUACGUUUAGGUUUACGUAGUGCACUGUAUAAGAUGUAAUUAUUGUUUAAGAUUCGCCCUAUUUCUUCGUUUUUUUCUAUUUACUGAAAACGCUCAAAAUAGAACGUUUUGUGACUUUAUGCUCAAAAAACAUUCGUUGCUAACUUGUUUCAAAUAUUUUGUCCGUCCAUUUUAAUAAGUAUGUGCGAAUUCUCUUUUUUUUUUGUCUAUCAUUUCACCACCAUCCUGCUCGAUAUAAGUUUCCCUGGAUAAUCAUUCGGUGAGAACAAAUCAAAGUACCAUUUUGAAAAACGAUCAAACGUAAAUGGUGCCACGCAAAGCACAAAUAUUUUUGUAUUUUCACAUGAGAUAGAACCAUGAUAAGGCUGAUAAAAUAAAACAAUAACUUUGUCAUAAACCAUAUAUACACACAUCCUACGUUGUGACAACACUCGAGCAAAUUUAGAACCCGGUUAUUACCGUAAUAGUUAGUGAGAAAACAGCCCAGGAGGAACAAUACUACUAUAACCACAACUGGAACAUAUCCGUGGAGAACCGAUAGAUCCACUGCAAACCAAAUCUUUACACUGAAACACAUCACGAAGAAUCGACAAAUUGUUCAACCUCUUAUAUCACAGAAUCCGAGUGACAAGGAAAUAUUAUAUUUAGAACUAAACAAUGAGAGGCCCAGAACUUGUAAUCCUCGGAAUAUUUCAAUUUGGAUGUGACUGAAUAAUUAUGAACACGCACAGAAAUGGUUUCUUCUUUCUAUGUCGGCUAUAUUGGAAUGAAGGUAGAUAGUGAAAUCGAAGUGAAUUGUAGUGGAAAAGACACAUUGUAGCCCAUAAUAGCUAUUGAAAGGAAAAUGAACCAAUUAGAGAUGUUCUUACAUUCCGUACUAGAUUGCCCUAAAUAUUUACAACAUUUCCAAACGUAAUUUAACUCAACCAUCUAGAUUAUAAUCCAACUGUAUGAGUGUACAAUCUUCAAUGCGAAAUCCCAAUCACCAAAUCAUCAUCAUCAUCAUCAUCAUCAUCAUUAUCAUUGUCUAUAAAAGCAUUAAGCGUUCAUAUAACCGUUGUAUCGUACUAAUCGGGUGAAUAAGUUAACAAAACACCCGAAUCUUUGAUCAGUAUUCAUUAAGCAUUAAACCUUACGUCAUUCCAAAUGACCAUUAUUGGCAAUAUUGCUCCAAUCGUUCGUUCCAUGUCUGUUAUCUUAUUCCUACGUGAAUCAUAUGUAGAACAUAAAAAACCGCUUGUUUCUCUCAUCUAUGCCAAAUUUUUCAGCUAAUAACUUUUAACUAGUUCCAUAACUGCUUGUUUUUUCCUAUGCGCGCAUUUGAUUACACUAUACUUUUCUAUCGUAUCAUUAAUAAUUCAUCAAUGGGACUCAGGUUUUGAAUCCGAUAAUAAAACGAAAAAGAGAAGCAAAUAAGUGAGCAUGUGGAAGACGUUGGUUUCGUUGUAUACGGUCGGAACCAAGUGUAUUUUUAGGAAGGUUUUGUCCCUGUAUUUCGGACCACAAAAAUUUGAAAUAAAUUACCUAUACUAGGA